AUGGUCAUCGGCCUUCUUAUCCUCACCUCUAUUCCUACCGUGACGGGUGUCGCUCAAGCCAUCCAUGGGCAGAAGAAGCACAAGGAGCGCGAGAAAGAUGCAAAGCGCAUGCAAAAAUUCUACAUCGAUGUCUACUGUGAAGCCCAGAGCUCCUGGACACGUGAAAUCCACGAGAAAAGGCUUGUUUUGAGAGAUGACCGCGUGUGGAUAGGCCCGCAUGAAGCUUUGAAUCCGUGCAAGGAAGGAUAUGUCGCCGAAGCGUUCUAUAUUGAGUACCCAGACAACGAGAGAGUUCCUGUUCCCAUCGGCCUUGUUAGUCAAGUUCGGGACGAUCCUCCGUUGUUGAACUGGAUAUAUGUGGACAAAGACACGAUGGAGUUAAAGUAUGGUAACAAAUCAGCAAGCAUAGAGCAUCAUGUUGGGCCAUGGGAUUGGACUGAAGAUGAGGAGGGUAUAACUUUUGAUGAAAGCGAGGCUUUUACAGCUGUGGAAGAUCCCUCAACACGAAGAUGGCAAAUAUAUUAUGACAUGGACAACGACGGACUCAGUCGAUUUGUGCCGAAAGGGAGACGGAAGUUCCAGGUCAGUCUGGAAAGGACUUUGAUACCAGGAGCAGAGGGCGGAAAAUAG